UAGAGAUUCCAGUUUUCAGAGUAUUCUGCAGCAGCGCGAUGCCGCUCAGAAGACAAGAUACCCAGAAGGCCCUGCAGCUGAUGGAGGAGUGUCGGUCAGUGGCCGGGGACGAGAGGUUCCGGGUUCGAGCAGAGAAACUGCUGACCAUCUUCCAGAGUGAUCUCUUUCAAGCACUGCUGGAUAUUCAAGAAUUGUAUGAGCUGACAGUCAGUGAAAACCAGCUGUCUGGACCUCCCAGCAUCUCCGCAAAGAAAUACCGUUACCAAGAUGAAGACACGCCCCCUUUGGAACACAGUCCUACCCACCUAACCAAUCAGGGGAAGGCUCCGGAGCUGGUUCACGUGUCCGAGAAGAACCUAUCCCAGAUCGAGAACGUGCACGGAUACGUCUCCCACUCGCACAUCUCCCCCAUGAAGCCGGAACUACUUUCUGGUGGCCACACCCCGCUGUAUACAUCCGCCGCUUCAACACUGAUUAACGGCACGGAUGGAGAGGUGGAAUAUGAAGAGAUCACUCUGGAGAGGGGUAACUCCGGCUUGGGGUUCAGCAUCGCUGGGGGUACCGAUAACCCCCACGUGGGGGACGACCCCAGCAUCUUCAUCACCAAAAUCAUCCCUGGGGGGGCAGCAGCACAGGACGGCAGGCUCAGGGUGAACGACAGCAUCCUGUUUGUGAACGACAUGGACGUGCGAGAGGUGUCCCACAGCAUGGCAGUGGAAGCUCUGAAGGACGCGGGCGCCAUCGUCCGGCUCUACGUGAUGCGCAGGAAGAGCGCGGCGGAGAAAAUCACCGAGAUCAAACUCAUCAAGGGACCCAAAGGUCUCGGUUUCAGCAUUGCUGGGGGGCUGGGGAAUCAGCAUCCCGGAGACAACAGCAUCUACGUGACCAAAAUCAUCGAGGGGGGGGCGGCGCACAAGGACUGCAGGCUGCAGAUCGGAGACAAGAUUCUAGCUGUGAACAAUGCCGGUCUGGAGGAUGUGAUGCAUGAGGAUGCUGUAGCUGCUCUGAAGAACACCGCCGAGGUUGUCUACCUGAAAGUAGCCAAACCCACCACCGCGUACCUGAACGACUCGUAUGCACCGCCCCGACCUCACCAGCUCAUACUCCACCCACAUGGACAACGAGGUCUCGCACCCAACUUCCUGGUCACGGAUUACCCACAAGCCCUCACUCCGUCACCGCACAGAUACUCGCCCAUCCCCAAAGGGAUGCUGGGAGAAGAUGACACGCCCAGCCGGGAGCCCCGGAGAGUGGUGAUCCAUCGCGGCUCCACCGGACUCGGGUUCAACAUCGUCGGCGGGGAGGACGGGGAGGGAAUCUUCAUCUCCUUCAUCCUGGCAGGGGGGCCGGCAGACCUGAGCGGAGAGCUGGCAAAGGGGGACCAGAUCCUGUCGGUGAACGGGGUGGAUUUGAGGAGCGCCACGCAUGAGCAGGCAGCUGCUGCUCUGAAGAAUGCAGGCCAGACUGUCACCAUCAUCAGCCAGUACAAACCAGAGGAGUACAGCCGCUUCGAGGCCAAGAUUCACGACCUGCGGGAGCAGCUGAUGAACAACAGCUUGGGAUCCGGGACGACAUCCCUGCGGAGCAACACCAAGAGAGGAUUCUACAUCAGGGCUCUGUUCCACUACGACAAGACGAAGGACUGCGGCUUCCUGAGUCAGGCCCUGGGGUUCCAGUUCGGAGAGGUGCUGCAUGUGAUCGACACCGGAGACGAGGAGUGGUGGCAGGCCAGGAGAGUGAGCCCUGAGGGGGAGGGGGAGGAGAGCGGCUUCAUCCCCAGCAAGAGGAGGGUAGAAAGAAAAGAAUGGUCCAGACUAAAGACGAAGGACAGGGGUGAGAGAGAGGGGGCAGCGCUCAGCAUCUCGGACAUAAUUGUUAGUUACGAGACAGUCAUGCAGAUAGAAGUCCAGUACGCCCGUCCCAUCAUCAUCCUCGGUCCCACGAAGGACAGGGUGAAUGACGACCUCCUCUCCGAAUUCCCAGACAAGUUUGGAUCCUGCGUGCCACACACCACGCGGCCCAAGCGGGAGUACGAGGUGGACGGGAGGGAUUACCACUUGUGUCAUCGCGGGAGCAGAUGGAGAAGGACAAUCCAGAGCCACAAGUUCAUCGAGGCGGGCCAGUACAACAGCCACCUGUACGGGACCAGCGUGCAGUCUGUCAGGGAGGUGGCAGAGCAGCAAGUAAAGCAUUGCAUCCUGGAUGUUUCGGCGAACGCAGUGCGGAGACUGCAAGCGGCCCAGCUGCACCCCAUCGCUGUGUUCAUCAGACCCAAAUCACUGGAGAACAUCAUAGAAAUUAAUAAGAGGUUGACGGAGGAUCAAGCUCGGAAAGCUUUUGACCGGGCGGUGAAACUCGAGCAGGAAUUCACAGAGUGCUUCUCAGCUAUCGUGGAAGGGGAGAGCUUCGAGGAAAUCUACCACAAAAUCAAGAGAGUGAUCGAAGAGCAAUCUGGACCUUACAUAUGGGUUCCGGGGAGAGAGAGACUGUGAAGGAGGCGCUACUGUCCGUCCGUCCGUCCGUCUGUCUGACCGUCCAGUCGUCUGCAACUCUGCGAGAGGGGAGGGGGGGGGCAAGAAUGGACGCACCCCCCCCCCGCCUUCUGCCUCCAAUUUUCUUUCAACUUUUUUUUUUUUUUUUUUUUUAAACAAACUACUAAAGAGACGCGGCUGUUGCGUUGUUUUGCUUUUCGUUCAGCGGGUACAAGGACAGUUCGGACUCUGCCUGUACAGAACUACAAGAGAGCCAGACUUUAAUUUCUCUGCAGAAGAUUCCGGCUGCGCGCAGAACGCUUGUGCAUGGGGGGGGGGGGGGGGGGGGGGGGGUUCUUUUUUUGUUUUUGUUUUUAACGACGAAAAAUGAAAACUGAAAAAAAAAAAAAAAAUCAAAAAAAUAAUAAAUCGAUGAGGAUGAAGAUGAUGAGGAUGAAGAUUAGGAUGAUGAGGAUGAUGAUGAGGAUGAUGAUAGAUGAAGAUGAUGAUAAAGAUGAUGAGGAUGAGGAUGAUGAUAGAUGAGGAUGAUGAUAAAGAUGAUGAGGAUGAUGAUGAGGAUGAUGAUAGAUGAAGAUGAGGAUGAUGAUAGAUGAGGAUGAUGAUGAGGAUGAUGAUAGAUGAGGAUGAGGAUGAUGAUAAAGAUGAUGAGGAUGAUGAUGAUAAAGAUGAUGAGGAUGAGGAUGAUGAUAAAGAUGAUGAGGAUGAUGAUGAGGAUGAUGAUAGAUGAAGAUGAGGAUGAUGAUAGAUGAGGAUGAUGAUGAGGAUGAUGAUAGAUGAGGAUGAGGAUGAUGAUAAAGAUGAUGAGGAUGAUGAUUGAUGAGGAUGAUGAAGAGGAUGAUGAUAGAUGAGGAUGAUGAUAAAGAUGAUGAGGAUGAUGAUGAGGAUGAUGAUAGAUGAGGAUGAUGAUAGAUGAGGAUGAUGAUAAAGAUGAUGAGGAUGAUGAUGAUACAGAUGAUGAGGAUGAUGAUAGAUGAGGAUGAUGAUAAAGAUGAUGAGGAUGAUGAUGAUACAGAUGAUGAGGAUGAUGAUAGAUGAGGAUGAUGAUAAAGAUGAUGAGGAUGAUGAUAGAUGAGGAUGAUGAAGAGGAUGAGGAUGAUGAUGAUGAUGAUGAUGAUAGAUGAUAGAUGAUGAUGAUGAUGAUUGAUGAUGAUAGAUGAGGAUGAUGAUAGAUGAGGAUGAUGAUAGAUGAGGAUGAUGAUAAAGAUGAUGAGGAUGAUGAUUGAUGAUGAGGAUGAUGAUGAUAGAUGAGGAUGAUGAUGAGGAUGAUGAUGAUGAUGAUGAUGAUGAAUCUUUAUAUAUAUAUAUAUAUACAUAUAUUUAACGGAAACCCAGGAUAGCUUCCGGAAAGAAAAAAAAUAAAAUAAAAACAACAAAAACAUAUAUAUAUUUAGAAAAUAAAAAUACAAAUUGUUAAUUUAUUACAUAAGAAUAAGCCCUGAAAAUGAAUCAACUGAUAAAUGUGAAUGUGGGGGGUUUUUAACUUCCUCUGGGGCACAAAAACGAAGAUUAAAAAUGUUUGUGUGUUUUUGUUUGUUUGUUUUUUAAAUCAAUUUAUUUUUACUUCAAAAAAAGUUUAAGAAGGUUUUUUUAAAAGACAUAUCCCGGGAUCCCCAAAACCGCAAUCCAGGUUGCACCCCCAUAUUUCAGAUGUGUUUAUUUAAGCAGGACGGAGCCCUUGAGAUUCCGCAUCUCGUUUAUAGGCAUCCCCGCAGAAGGCGGAUCAAAUCAAACCCCUUAGACUUGGGAUGAAUCGGCAUCUCGGCUCAUUGAAUUGAACGGGGAGGCGCGGGGCUGGACGCGACCCGCACACCGCUGCCCAAAAACAACGCCUGGCCAGCGGGCAAGCUGAGCAGAGCGCUCCCUACGGCUCUUAUUUUACUGAACUCAAGCCCACACGUUUUGAUUUGAUCCGGUCACUCUGUUUGUUAUCAGCCUAUCCCUGCUCUAGCGGUUCUGUGUUUAUUUCUAUGUAUGUAUUUAUUUAUUUAAAGACUGUUUUUAAAAAAGGUCGAGGCCCUAGCUGAAGGCGGCCCUGCUAAUUGCAUUUUCAGUUUUAUUGUUAUGAUAACUUUACUCUCAUUUUGUUGUCCCGCAAAAGUCUAAAUGCAGUGUAUCGAAUUACAUCAAUAAAUGCAGCUUGUGUUCUGGUU